AUGUCGUUCGGCUUUGGAAACAGUGCCCCUACCGCCACAGCGCAGGUAGAGUCGGGCCCCGAACUCCCUGAGAUUGACACUUCGGAGGUCGGAUUUUUGGGAGUUGACAAAGAUUGCAAUAUUCAAUUUCUUCCCACACCCUGGCCCGCCGAUGCCCUACCUCAACCCACGAGCUCCCUAUUGACAAUUUCAUCCACGAAAGGGUUGGUAAUUGGUGGUGGUCCAGACGGAUUGGUCUUAGCUACGACAAAGUCGAUUCGUGAAGCAAUUUCCGCGAAAACCGGAUCCGGUUCGAAAACAAAACCAUUCCAGCCUCAAGGACAAAUCUCGUUGCCCAGUCGUCCAACGCAUGUUGCAUUUUGUGCAGCUGAUAGUGCGUUAGCUGUAGCUACAGAAUCACAUAACCAGAUUGCCGUUUAUGAUGCGGCGAGCCUUGGAACCGGAAAUCCGCAGCCUCAGAUGUCAAUUCAGAUCAAUGGCCCAGUUCGCUCUUUGGCUCCAAACCCUGCGCCUGAAAGCGAGUCACUCUCUUCUUUUAUCGCCUUGGUCACUGCCAAUGGCGAUCUUCUGCUUGCGGAUCUGAAGACAGGUUCCCUAGUCAAUGGCCCUUCAGGGCUUGUAUUCAGAAGCGGAGUCGCUUCUGUUGCAUGGAGCACAAAGGGGAAGCAGAUGGUCGCUGGCCUUGCAGAUGGGAGCUGUAUUCAAUUAGAUCCAAAGGGUGCCGUCAAAGCGGAGAUACCCCGUCCCCCGGCCCUGGAUGGCAACAAACACGUGUCUUCAAUCUCGUGGGUGGAGAACAACGUGUUUGUCGCGGUUUAUACUCCUAAUGAAAGUGAAGAUGAAAGCGGCAUGGCACCUGACUCAGACUACUAUGUCAUACAGCGACGCCCAAAUGCCCCUUUCUUGUACCGACAGUUACCUAUUCUAUGUGCACCUUUUGGUCUCAAGAGGACCCCUGCAUAUCAAUUUAUGACUCGACUCAGCAACUACGACCCUGGCUUACAAGAUGCUUUGAUUGUUUCAUCCACAGCGUCAACCGAUGUCGGAUUGAUUACAAGGGUUACAACACCAUUUAAAGAUGCAGAUGAAACUAGUACAGGAAUCUUUACGACAACAUCAGUAAUUGAUGACACAAGGCGAGCAGCGCUGCCUAUGAAUGAGGAGUCUAUGGAGACGUCUACGAUAGGUAUUGGCCUUGAUUUAACAGGUACUGAGAACGUUAUAUAUGACGCGGAAAAGGAAACCAAAUCACCGCUUCCCAAUAUAAUGGUCCUCACAAAUGAAGGUGUACUUUCGUCGUGGUGGUUUCUUUACAUGAAAGCGAUCGAAGCUGGGCUGUCGUAUAAAGCCGCUUCGCCUGCGGGCCCUGUGCAACAGACUCCGAUCAAAGCUUCGCCAGCAGCUCCUGCUGUUACAUUGACACCUGCUCAGAACAUACAGCCAACAUUUGGCCAACCAUCUUUUGGCCAGACUGGAUUUGGUACGACGCCGCAGGCUCAGUCCAGUGUCUUUGGAAAACCUUCCGGACCUUCCUUUGGUUCGACAUCAUCUCUAGGCGAGUCACAGAAACCAGCAUUUGGCGCACCAUCAACAUUUGGCGGGGGAACGAACUUUAGUUCUACAACCCCCAGUAAAUCUCCAGGGCCUGCUUUUGGAAGUACUGGCGUUUUGGGCCAAAAUACUCCCCAGUUUGGGAAAAGCAGCUUCGGCCUUGGAACAGGCUCAAAGCCGGUAUUUGGCCAAACAGGUGGCUUAGGAGGCAAGGGAUUCAGUGCGUUUUCAUCAACGAGUUCGGGUCAAUCAAGCUUUGUUACGGGUGCUGCCGCAGCUGGAGGUGGAUUUAGUGCUUUCUCCAAGGGCAAUGGAUUCUCCUCUCUAGCUUCAUCUAAACCAUCAGAAAGCCCUUUCGCACAGACAACUGGGGAUAGUCCAUUUGGAAAACCAACGCAGUCUGUAUUUGGGUCUCCCAGCGCACAAUCCCCUUUUGGUACUACAGCAACUCUUAGUGAUUCUAAACCAGCAUUUGGUCUUCCUUCGGGAGGUUUCAGUCUCGGAUCUACCUUCAAGCGCGAUGAAAAAUCUGCUAUCGAUAACGAACCUGCCUCUGCGAAGCCAUCAGGGCCAUUUUCGUUGGGCUCGUCCUUCAACAAUCUACUCGGUAAUGGUCUUAACAAAGUCAGUUCCCCCGCCGAAUCGAUGGAUGACUCAGAAGAUGUAUCUGCAACACCAUCGCAGGAGAAGCCACCAAAAUCGUUAUUUGGACAGCCCUCAGCUUCCUUCGCACCUCAAAGUCCCGUGACAGGAACUCCCAAGGCAUCUGGCCUAUUUGGCAUUCCAUCACAACAAAGCACUACGCCGUUGGCCGCUCAGACCAGUCGUUCCACUUCGAUUUUUGGCGGUAAUACCGCAGCAACACCACUCAGUCCUUUAUCUUCUCUCUCGGAGAAAACAGUCGUCCCGGCUGUCAGUUCAGAGAAAGAAAAAAGCAUUGAAGCACCACUACCCCCCGAUGCCACAAGCAGAGCCGUAUAUGGACCAGGCGACACAUCGGCAUCGUCAAAUGUUUCUAAAAGUUCAUAUGAAGAUGCCCCCUUACCUCCUGAUUUCACUCAAAAGGAUAUUGUUCCAACAGAUCCUGCCCCACUUCCACCUGAUUUCUUGACGAAGCCAAAAGACACCAACAAAAAGACAAUCCAGGAAGAAGAAAUACCACUACCCCCUGAUUUCCUUUCAAAGCCGAAGGAGCAAAAAUCCGUUGCUGCCACUCCUGUACCUAUCAAGGAAGAAUCUAUCUCUCUUCCGCAUGAAUCGGAAGGUUCAGACGGCGAUUUCGAAGAUAGCGGAGAAGAGGUUACCCAUGAUUUCAGUCCCCCGAAUGAGCCUACAGAAUCGGAGUCUGUUGGAUUCAAGACGUCUCCUGAGAGUUCCUUUGGUGGACCAUCUCUUAAGGACUCUACUGGGGGCCUCUUUACGAAAGUUAGUUUACCUGAGACACAGCGUUCGCCGCUGGCAUCAAAGCCUUUAUUCGGCGAAAUUUCCCAGCCAAAUAUACCCCCUCCAGAACUGAGAAGCGGUGCGAAAAGCCCUCGGUCCCCCAGUCCUGUGCGUCCUGGCGCAAGGAGAGGCUUCCUCCGUCCCGAACAGACUCGUUCGACCAGCGCUCCAAUUGGUCCUGGGACUAUAUAUGGUAAUCUGGGGCAGACUCCAGCUAAGCCGCCGGCAUCAAGGUUUGAAGAACCACUCAACCAACGUGAUCUGAUCGACGAGGAAGAAUCCAAGGCCACAAUGGCCGAAAGCAGACGACUUGCCUCUGAGUCUCAGCAUUUGUCAUCCGAUGAUGAAGAUACGUUGAGACGUGGAGAGUUGGAGCAACCGCUCCAUCCUACUCCGACGCUGGAUCCAUUUAUACCACGACAGGAGUAUAGUGGAGAUACUUUCAAGCCUGGUAUUCCUGGUCAGAUUGAGAGACUGUAUCGCGAUAUCAACUCUAUGGUGGACACAUUAGGUUUAAAUUCGCGUUCUAUCGCUUCUCAUCUUUUACACGAGGAAGAAAAUCGUACAGCUGAUCUUGUUGGAUGGCAAGAAACCAUAUUCAGCGAUACGCCACUAAAUAUUUUGGACCAAACAACCUCGGUAUCUGAUAUUGAAAAUAUUGACAAUCUUUUGGAGUUUUUGGGCGAUCGCCUUGAAGAACAACGACUUAAGACCGCGUACGAAACGAUUAACGAAUGCCAGCGACUCUUAGGUCAUGAUAUCUUUAACCUCCGUGAUCAGUGCGCGAAUAUCCAAAAGACUCUCGACUCGUACAUGGAUACUGCUUCCAUUCGCGCACAACCUUUAUCAGCUGAACAGGCGGGUCUUCAGCAGGAUCUAAGAAAGGCGUCUACUGCAAUUCAUUCUCAAUUGACAGAACUGGAACAAGGAAUCUCACUUUUGCGUGCCAGGAUUGCAGAUUCUUCCGGUACAAAAAGAUCCCUAUCCGGACGAGCCGCGACUAAGAAACCUACCGUUGAAGCUGUGACGUCUACGAUCGCCACAAUGAUGAAUAUGGCUGAGAGCAAGAGCAGCGAUAUUGAUGUUUUGGAGGCACAAAUGAAAAGGCUAGGAGUCAACAUUCGAAGCUCCGUUAGUCGAGAGGCGUCGCCCAUCUCUACACCUGUGAAGAAGUUAGGCUUCCGAGUACCUGACACGCCUGAUUCGGACGGUGGGCUAAGUGCUUACCAGACUCCGGAAUCUGCUAGUCGGUUCCAAUCCAGCGUCAAUGGGUCGGCAAGACACAGCCGACUUCGCAGUGUUAAUCUUCAAUUGGAUCUCCUGUCAAUCCACGACAAUCAAGGGUGGAACACACGCACUCGACGCCGCAAGGAGAUUGUUGGGAAUCUGAAAAGGGCGAUCGAAGAACGGCCCAUUCGGGUGCGGACUAUGGAUGAUGAGUGA